CGUGUUAAACCAUGCACACUUGUCUCAUUCUCUUUUGUGUUUCCAGGCUACAAUCACUUCAAAUCGCGUAUUGUAUACAGUCUAUGAUUGUAGCUCAGGUAAAUAACGAGUUUGUCUAUCGACAAUGCACACACGAGGAGAAGCCCUUUGUUUUGCCAAUGUCCAGCAGCCCUGUGUGGUGUAGAAAGCGGAGCAGCUGGCACGGAGCGCGUGAAGCUGCUGCUGCUGAGGCUGUGCAGAUGAAAGGUAUUAAUAGCAGGGCUUGAGUGUCACAGGCUUUCACUGUCGAGACCGGGGGGCUUCGUGGAGAGUCAGUGGACCGGGUUUUUUGGGGGGGCUUUACGAACCAGAUUGCGCAGUUGGAAUACAAAACAAACACACAGACACUCUCUGAAUACCAUAGAAGCAACAUGGAGGUCCUGGCAGCUCUCAAUUUGGGCGAUAUUGCCCAAGUUUUCUCAAAAAUGGGAAUGUUUCCCGUGUUUGAUGUCGCUUAUUACAUCGUGUCCAUCCUCUACCUCAAGUAUGAGCCAGUUCUCCACCAUGUUCUCAGGUACCUCGUCUUUUACUGCCCACUGAACCUCUUCUAUAAAUGCGUGGCUUUCCUGCCCGUCAAACUGGUGUUGGUCGCCCUGAAGGAAGUCGUCCGCACUCGUAAGAUUGCAGCCGGCGUUCACCACGCCCAUCACGCCUACCACCACGGCUUGUUCAUCAUGGUCAUCGUUGGAUACGUCAAAGGGUCUGGAGUGGCUCUCAUUUCCAAUUUUGAGCAGCUGCUGCGUGGUGUGUGGAGGCCCGACACCAAUGAGAUCCUCAACAUGUCAUUCCCAACCAAGGCCAGUCUGUACGGAGCGAUCCUCUUCACCCUGCAGGAGUCUCACUGGCUGCCAGUGCCCAAGAGCACCCUCAUCCUCAUCUUCACCCUGUUCAUGGUCACAAGCAAGGUGGUGAUGACCGCCCGUCACUCUCAUGGCUCGCCCUUCGCCCUCAUUGAGUCCUGGGUUUGCCAUCUGCUGUUCGGCUCCCCUCUGGGUGGGUCUGAGGAAGACCACCACCACGCUCCCGCCGCUGCCCCAUCUUCACCUCUCAAAACCAAGGAGGAGCUGAGCGAAGGUGCCCGCAAGAGGAAGGCCAAGAAAGCCGAGUAGGACGCUGAGCUGAAAACUGCAUCAUGGCCUCCACAUGAUGGGACCUCCCAUUCCUUUCUAGGGAAAGGGGCAGUUUGACGUUCAACCAAAUGAGACCCUUUCUAUUAAAGCAAAAUGGUGCUUUUUUUGGUGCAUUAACACAGAACAAGGACUCUGUAAAUACAACGGCAAAUGUUUCAAACUAAACCCAACCAGGACCUUUUAAUCCUAUUUAUGAAUGUGUUUGUGAACAUCUGCAUCUGUGCUCAACACUGUGUGGUGACCCGCGUUCAGCAGCUGUGUGUUUGUUUAGGAUGGUCUGUGAUCCACAUUAGUAGCUGUGUGACCGGGUGUCAGGGAAGCCCACCAAACCUCACUACCGUUCAGAAAGAAAUUGAAAAUCAGAAAAAUCAAGAAGAAUCUGACUCUCAAUAAGAAAUAAAAAUGUGAAAAAGCAUUAAGGGCCAGAACAUCGCUGCUUUAUACAUUAACAUGAGGACAACAUCAAUUCUUUAAAUAAACAUCUUAAGAAACA